AUGGCUGCAAGAAUUGGAAUUGGUUUGGAAAAAUUAAACAAUAAAUUGACGAAUCUAUUAGAAGAAAAUGAGAAUCUUAAACAACAACAUAAAGACCUUCAAAAAGAAAAUCGAGAAACUUUACGUAUUAAUGCUGAAUUGAAAGAAAAACUUCAAGUAAAAGAUAAGCAAUUGGAAAAGCUUCAACAAAAAGUUCUAAAUUUGGAAAAUCAAAAAAAAGAGUUUGAAAUAAUUUCUCAAACGUUAGAAAAAUCUCUAGAAAUGUUUGGAUUAGACGAAGUUAAUGAGAAUAACAAUAAAAUUCUUGAAGAAAAAAAUAAGCCUUUUCUUGGCGAACAAAAUAACAAAAAAACAACAAAAUUUCCUUUAAACAAUAAUAAUGAUAGUAUUCAACUUGCAAAAAAUAUCACAAAUUCCUCCGAACAUUCUUGGAGCUCCUAUAAUAAAGGUGAAAUUCGAAUCGUGGUUGGAUUAGACUUUGGAACAACUUACUCUGGAUUUGCUUAUGGCCAUGUUAUUAAUCCAGAAAACAUAAUUGCACAUGAUGAAUGGCCUGAAUGUAUUGGCAUGCUUAAAACUAAUACAGUUCUUCAAUACGAUAAUAAAUACGCGAAUGUAAUGUCUUGGGGAUUACCAGCUUUAACUAAAAGACCAAGUCGACGACGAUAUGGAUAUGAUAACGAUAAUUCGCCGCCGGUUGAAUUGUUUAAAUUGCAUCUAAGUGAUUUACCCAAUAAGUUUAAACCGGAGCUUUCAAUUGGCUAUAAAAAGGUUAUUACCGAUUAUCUUAGAGAAAUCGGAAAGGUCAUGAAAGAUGCAAUUGUAGUGAGGUGGCCGAACAGUGAUUUCUUUAAAAACGUAUUAUUAGUUCUUACGUUUCCUGCAGAAUAUUCGGAAAAUGCUAGGUUGAUUAUGAGAGAAUGUGUAUUUAAUGCAGGGUUGAUUAAUGGGUAUAAUUCAACCAACUUACAAUUCAUUACAGAACCUGAAGCUGCUGCAAUAUAUUGCAUGAAACAGCUUCAAGAUCAUGAUCUUGAAAUAGGAACAAAUUUCAUGGUAGUCGACUGUGGUGGUGGCACAGUAGAUCUGACUAUUCGUAAAUUGAUUAAUAGAAAUCAAUUAGGUGAAAUCACUGAAAGAUCUGGGGAUUUUUGUGGAAGUACUUAUAUUGAUAGAGAAUUUAUCAUGUAUUUAAGUAGAAAAGUUGGUCAUAAUGCUAUGGAAAUGCUCAGAAAAAACAAUUAUGGACAAAUGCAAUAUUUAAUUCAGGAAUUUAUUAAACGAUGUAAAUUACCUUUUACGGGAGUAAACCAAGACUUUAAUACUUAUGAUUUGGAUCUCGAAGAAAUUGCUCCCGUGAUAAAACAAUACAUUACCGAUGAGAAUAGAAAACAUUUGGAAGCGGAGGAUUGGUUAAUUGAACUUAACUUUAAUGACAUAAAAUCAAUGUUUGACCCUGUUGUUAAAAAUGUUUUACAGUUGAUUCAUGCACAACUUAAUAGUUCGCCUGAAACAUGUUCGGCGAUAGUACGUAUCAUUUUAUUUCCUUGGAAUCCUACGACUGCGAUUGAACGUGGAGCUGUGAUAUACGGAUUAUCUUCUACGAAUUCAGAUUCAAAUGUUAUUGCUUCAAGAAUUAUUAAAUAUACUUAUGGUGUUAAAGUAAGAAAAUGCUGGACGAAAGACGAUCCAAUUCAUAGAAAAGUCAAUGAUGGGCGCAUUGAUAAAUUUGAUUGUUUGGUUAAGCGUGGUACUCCAAUGAAUGUUAAUCAAGAAAUUAUGUGUUCUUAUUUGCCACUUUAUCCUACUCAAACAAAAGUAGUUUUUUAUCUAUAUUAUACUAAAGUGUAUGAUGCAAAAUAUUGUGAUGAGCCUGGUAUGAAACUUUUAGGAAAGCUUACCAUGGAUCUUCCUGGCUCAGGUCUCGAUAAUCUUUCUUUCGGGUUGGCUUUUGGACAAAUGGAAGUUACUGCAACUGUAAAAAAUGAAAAUAACAACCAAAAAUCCAAGAUUAAUUUUGAAUUCGACGUCUAA